UCCUACAUACCCAUGACUACUUUUACACCCACCCAGUCAACAACACGUUUCUCCAAUUGAGCCAUUGAAGUAACGAAGGUGAUCUAGUCUAUUUGAAGUUUUCCUAAAAAGCAGAGCUUAGUGUCAGCCUUUAAUGAUACAUUUUGGAAGAUACAUCAAUGGGGUCUUCAAAGAAAUCUGAUGAUGUUGGCGAUGAUAAAGUCGAGAAGGUUGUCAUCAAGCGACAGAUCACAUUACUGCAUGGAGUGGCUAUUAUUGUGGGGAUUAUUAUAGGAUCUGGCAUAUUUGUGUCUCCAGUUGGUAUAUUGAAAGAAGUCAAAUCUGUGGGCCUGUCGUUGGUGAUGUGGGUGUUAUGUGGCAUAUACAACACACUUUGUGCAAUAUGCUAUGCAGAACUAGGAACAACGAUACCCGAAUCUGGUGGAGAAUAUAUCUAUAUCAAAAGGGCAUUUGGAAAGAUCCCUGCAUUCGUCUGUCUGUGGAUAAACUUUUUGCUAAUAUGUCCAGUGGGAAUUGCAGCUUCAGCGUUGAUAUUUUCACUUUACAUAUUAAAACCUGCUUUUCCAGACUGUGACAUUCCCGAAGAAGGACUUGCCUUGUUGGCUGCUUGUAUAUUUUGUCUACUAAUAGCAGUGAAUUGCCAUAAUGUCAAAUGGGCAGCAAAGGUCCAGGUGGUCAUCAGUAUAAGCAAGCUAGUUGCGCUGGCCAUCAUCAUCGUCAUUGGGAUGUAUUACAUUAUUGGCAAAGGGGAAACAGAGAACUUCAAAAAUGCGUUUGAAGGAAGUGACUACAGUGCUGGAACAAUUGCUAUUUCCUUUUACUCGGGAUUUUGGGCCUACAGUGGAUGGAGUUACUUGAAUUUUCUUGUGGGAGAACUUGUUGAACCAGAAAGAAAUUUGCCCAGAGCCAUCCUUAUUUCCAUGACUUUAGUGAUUGUGACAUAUUUGAUAGCCAAUGUAGCAUACCUGGGAGUCCUUUCUCCAGUAGAAAUGCUUAAGUCACCUGCAGUAGCUGUGACUUUUGGGGAAAGGACAAUGGGUAUCAUGGCUUGGUUGAUGCCUGUGCUGAUAGCAUUGUCUGUUACUGGCACAAUGAACGGUACUGCUCUGAGUAUGUCCAGAUUGUUUUAUGUGGGAGCCCAGAACAAACAGUUUCCAACAUUCAUGUCAAUGAUUGAUAUGAAGAGGAUGACACCGUCCCCCUCUUUGUUCGUUAUACUGCUUUUGACGAUGUUGUACAUCUCAUCCAAAGACAUCUUUUUUCUGAUUGAGAUGGAGGGAUUUGGAUUUGCCUCAGUUCUUACCAUGGUUUUUGCAGGACAGAUAUAUCUCCGAUACAAGGAGCCCGAUAUUCCUAGACCUAUUAAGGUUCACAUCAGUCUUCCAAUUAUUUUGUUCCUGAUCAGUUUUGGAAUUGUGCUCUUGACAUUUUACCAGAAGCCCAUGGAAAGCUUCAUGGCCCUUGGCUUGGUUGCAGGUGGUCUUCUGUUAUAUUUCAUUGGAACAUGGAAACAAAAACCAAAAGAAAUAGCAGACAAAAUUAAUUCCAUUACUAUCUUAAUCCAGAAGGUCCUUCUUGUGAUGCCUCCAGAUAGCAGUGCUGAUGAAUUGGACUGGGAAUGAUAGUGAUUAUUUCCAAGGCAGAACUAGCUACAAGAGUGACUAUAGAUAAUAAAAAAAAAAAAAAAGGAUGAAAACAUUUGCUCCCAAAAGUACAAAUUUUCUUGUGAAAAAGAAGAAAACACUGGAUGAAGUUUUAUUUGAAAUCUAUUUUUUUGCUGUGUAUUUGUGUGUGUAUUUGUAUACAAUUUUUUACUCAUUGGAUUGAUAGGCACAAGCGAGUUUCUUUUAUCACGAGUUGUCAGUCUGUAAUCAUUAUUCAUGUUGUUGUGAACUUUUAAUAUUUUCAACAUUUUCACCAGAACUACAGGGCCAUUUUCAAUUUCACUUGCUACAAAAUAUUCUUAGGUAAAGGGAAUUUUGUAUUUGUUUAAAUGAAGGGUCAAUCCCAUUUCCAAGGGGAGAUAAUUCUAAAACACAUCACCAGAAAAGCCAUAAAUCACUUGAAAGCUUCCUUGGACUCACUUUUUUCCUUCAAACCAUGCCCACCUGAGUUGGGGAAGGACCACAAUUAUGGUUUUAAAGUUUUACAGAGGAAUAUACAUAAAUUUCUUCUAAAAUUUCAUUCCACGAAGCACAAGUCUACAUUGAUUUAAUACAAAUUUAAGAUAUGCAAGUGUCAUCGUAAUGUGUAUGUUCAAGUUAGUGGAAACCAUGACCUUCAAGGCUGGGACUGGGCCACAUUAAGAAUUUUAAGUUUUACUUAGGGAUAUACUGGAAAGAUCUUUUAAAGUAUUCUUUGACCAGUUUACAUUUUUUCAACUCCAAAUAUUUUUAUGUAGUGUAGAUUUUCAAGAGUUUGUAAACAUGACCCUUGUGGUUGAGGUUAAAAUGUUUAUGAUAUGUAUACAAUUGAAACAUAACCAAAUGACAAUAUACAAUGUAGAUGGCCGUAUUUCUUUUGGUUCAAUAAUUUUAUUCGCUAGUGGAAUAUUUCUGAUUAUUUUUUAUUUGUUUGGUACACUUUAGUUUUAGCUUUUAUUUUUAAAGGUAAAAUAUAUUUUUUAAGUGAAAAAAAAACCUCUUUAUAUCACAAUUAUUCUUCAGUUGUUGCUAUAUUUUAGGCUGAUUUAUUUAACUACCUGCACUGAACAUGGAAAAGUAGCCAAAAGGCACAAAAACGAUUUUCUACAAAUAGUCACUAUGUAGUGUGUUCUUAUGUUCAGAAUCAAUGCUGUUCAACAGUAAUUGUUUGCAGUGAAAAAAAAUCAUUUGAAGGAUGUAUUUAUUUGGCACAUAAGGAUGUGAUACUUUGCCUGCAUAUGCAUAAUAUUUGAGAACAUGUACACAUAUACAUUCUCUGGACAACACCCCCCCCCCCCCCCCCCCACCCCCACCCCCACUCCUGAUGGGUGUCACAGUCUUUGUUUGUGUGUCAAGCUAAGAUCAUUUUUAGAUGGCUUGUAUUUUCAUGCCAGAGGGCUGUUAAAUUCUGAUAUAGCAGACAUGAAGUCAAGCAAAAAUCAUGACAGACAUGUGGAAAUAUAAAAUAUGUCAAUGUUAUCAGUUGAUAUUAAAAUGGAAAGAUCAAUAAA